AUGACUGCAUAUAAGAUGCCCAUUGGUAUGUCACCUUAUCGGUUGGUGUUUGGGAAAGCAUGCCACCUUCUAGUUGAGUUAGAAUACAAGGCUUGUUGGGCAAUCAAGAGUUUCAACAUAAAGAUGGAUGAAAGUGGAGAACACAGGAAGUUGCAACUACAAGAGUUAGAGGAAAUUUGCAUUGAUGCCUAUGACAGCGCAAGGAUUUACAAGGAAAAGACGAAGGCUUUUCAUGACAAGAUGAUCUCUUGGAAGGAGUUUAAAGUUGGUCAAAAAGUCCUAUACUAUUCAUGGCUUCGUUUGUUUCCGAGUAAGUUACAUUCUCGUUGGAUUGAACCUUUUACUCAUGGUGCAGUUGAAAUUCAAAGUUUAGCAACUUCCAAAGUGUUCAAGGUGAAUGGCCAUAGACUUAAGACUUUCUAUGAAGGUUUCCAAGUAGAAAAUGUGGCAAAAUGGGACCUUGAGGAUCCGAUUUAUAUUGAUUGA